UUGAAUGGGAAAUAUAGGCAAACCUGUAUGUUAAAUGAGUAAACUAAUAAACAGACGAAUAAAUAAUCUCCGUUCCUCUCUCUGUCAUCCUUCUAGGGCCUCCAGGAAAACGGGGACGGCUGGGAAGACAAGGCGACCCUGGAUCUCCAGGCCCACUUGGGAUGGAUGGGAAGCCUGGUGCUCCUGGUCCCAUGGGAAGCCAGGGACUGCUUGGGCCAAAAGGAGACAAGGGUGAUCAGGGUCAGGCUGGCCCUCCCGGCCCCCCGGGGCCCCCUGGCUCACCAGGUCUCAGAGGACCAUCGGGGAACACAGGGAAGGAUGGGCCCAGAGGUCACCUUGGGGAGCAGGGUCCACCUGGUCGAGAUGGAACUGAUGGAUUAGAGGGACAAAUGGGUCCUCCUGGACGACAGGGUGAGGAUGGACAGCAUGGCAUGCUUGGACCACAGGGGCCUCCAGGGCUAAAGGGGGAACAGGGGCAUGCUGGUGACCAGGGCAGGAAUGGCCUUGAUGGACUACCAGGGAUGAAGGGGGAGAAGGGGGACACAGGAGACACAGGGCCUCAAGGGGACAUGGGCUUACCCGGAGAGAAGGCUGCUCUUGACUCCUAUGACAUCGGCCUUGGCCAUGUCUUUCAGGGCCCCCCAGGGCCACCAGGAGGACAAGGGCCAAAGGGAGAAUCAGGCUCACAUGGUGCACCUGGAGCUGAUGGGGAUAGGGGAGCCAAAGGGGAAAGAGGUGAUGAUGGGAUGCCUGGAGUGGCAGGGGAAAAGGGAGAGAGAGGUCUGACGGGCCUAACUGGGCUUGCGGGAGCUGACAGCAAAAAAGGAGAGAGAGGAGAUUCAAGGUUUGAGGACAAUCUGGCCCAGAUUAUCUCUAUCGCAGGCCCUCCAGGGCCCCCCGGACCUCCUGGGCUCCAGGGAUUCAUGGGACAUCAUGGAAUGCCUGGCCCCAAGGGGGAACCAGGUGAGAUAGUGAAAGGAGAAAAGGGGGAUGCAGGUGACAGAGGACCUCCUGGGUUAAGGGGUAUUCAGGGUCUUCCAGGUUCUACAGGAUUGGUUGGUCUCCCUGGCACCAUAGGGAGAAAGGGAGAGCAAGGAUUGCCGGGAUUAGAUGGUUUCCCCGGGCUGAUGGGAGAAAAGGGGGACAGAGGGGACAGAGGAGAUAAGGGUGACAGGGGGAUGCUGGGAAAGAAGGGACUGAAGGGACAGAAGGGCGAGGAGGGCCCCCCUGGACUGGACCAGCCCUGUCCUGUGGGUCGGGAUGGAUUGCCCAUACCAGGGUGUUCGCAUAAGUGAUGAGUUACCUGGGACAUGGGAUCUGUACAUAUCGAUAUAUAUUUUUCAACUAAAAUUCAAGUGUAGUUUUUUUGUUGUUGCCAAUUCCUAUUUAAUAUGUUGAGGUUUUCAUAUUGGAAUUUGGAUUGUGCGUCUAUCACAAUCAAUAUUUUUUACUUCUUGCAUAUGAAAAGAAAACAUAUUUUUUUUUGUUUAGAGAUUAGGUAGAGGAAAGAUAUAGUGCACACAAAGAAGGAGACUGGUUACAAAUGGAAAAGAGCAGCAAAUGCACUCAGCUCCAGAUGGAACAUUUUUGCUGCUUACAGUAUAUCUAAUCGGGGAACCUCAAAUACAGUAUUAACCUGAAAUACAGUAUGAUUGACUGACUAACAGACUCACUAGUGUUCCCACAUGGAGAUACAGCAUUGGAGUGUGCAACUCAGCCUGCAUCUUGCAAAUUAUUCUACCCCAUCACUCCUGUGAUUGUUGUUUGCUUUGAAAGAACCAACCGUCAUGGCAUGGGCCCAAUGCCAUGCACCUAUCCCAACCUUAGGAAAGGUACAGAUGUAGGCUCUUAAUUUGAGCCAGUUUGCUACAGCAGGAAAAUAAUCCUGCAGCAACAGGAAAUGCGAAGUAUUAUGUGGAUUAUAAUUAAUGGACAUUUUUUGUAGGGGUUGAUAAACAUUUUGUUAUGGCAAAUCAAGUUUGACAUUUUUAAGUGGAAAUUACAAACUUUAGGAGCCUUUUUAAACCUCAAAUACAUUACAAGUUUGCGUGUCCUGCCGUGCAGGAAAAUUCUCAGCCACAAAAGAGUGAUCAAAUUAAGAUCCUACAUCUGUAUGGGGAAGCACAGAUGAUGGCCUUCACCAUGGAACCGUUGUUUGCAAUAAUUUUCCUAAAUGUGCUUAAUGUAUAGAUCAUUAUUGGUCUAAAAAGUUGUAGGAUGUUUAUGAUGGUUUCAAAGUUAUUGCUGAGUUGUUGCAUCAAAUGCUUUUUUCAUUCCUCUGAGUGCUCUAACCAUGCUAUGUGGAGUUAAUUGACACAGAACACUGUACAACUUUUUGAAUUAGGCCUAUCAUGGAAAAUGUAUGAUAGCAAUCCUAAAAAUGUUUUGAAGACUCUUUACAUCUGACAUCAAGGUAGACAAAAACAUCUACCUAUCAAACCUACCUGGUUGGCUGAUUGGGUUAAAUAUUUGUUUUAGGACAUGCCGUUUUUAAGUUGUCUGUCAUAUUAAAUACUAU